UCUCAAUCAAUCCAAAUGGAAGAGCGAGAGAUGGAGGAAUUGGUAUGCAAAGUCACCGGCGGCAACCGCCACCGCUACACCAGUCUCCGCGACGUCCUCCAACGGCACCGUCGCCACCACCCCAUCUUCCGCAGCUCCCUCGGCCUCGCCCGCUACGCGUCCAUGUUCACGUCGACGACGUCGUCGACGUCGCGGUACCAGCACUACUCCCGCGGCGGGGGUAGCGGCAGCGGCAGACGGCCGGUGCUCAUCGACGCCUCGGCCAUCCGCAUCCGGGACCAGCUAGUGAAGCGCGCGGCGUCGGCGUACCUGAAGUCAGCGGCGACGGUGGUGGACGCCGGCGAUCACCGGGACCGCGUGGUGAGAAUGUGGCGGCGUUGUCUGAGCUGGCGUGCGUGUCUGUGGGACCCGCUCGAGAGCUGCGUCGGCGUCGCUGCCCGGACGGUGAGCCACGUCCUCGCCGCCGUCGUCGGCCACCUCGACCGGCUCUGCGAACGGGGGAGGAGUUUGCUUCACUGACCUUAAUCCGACAAUGUCCUUAAUUUCUAAAGCUCCAUGGCGAUCUCAAAUUUCCUUACAUAGUCCACUCGCUCGAUCAAAGAUUCUGACAGAAUUAAACUCAAAUUGCCGAAGUUUUUCUCCCCUUCUUCCUUGUAUUCAAGAGUGAUGAAUAAACAUCUUCAACAGUUUCAGAAACCUUAGU